AUGGAUGGUGCUACUUUCUCGCCAGAAAGAUCGCAAUCAAACGACCAAGAAUCCGAAGUAACUUUAAUCAAUGCCAUUACAACUGCUUCAGAAAAGGUCUCGCUCAGAGAGAGUAUUAGUGGAGGUGAGGUAGCAGAUCUACAAAGCUCAGAGGAUUGGGAGAUAGUCGGGUAUCUUAAUAGAGAUCAAAUCAAUAAAAUCAACGGUAUGGGUCGAAAAUCGGAUCAAGAGACGCUCAAAGUAUACAAAGAGAUAGAAUGGCCUGCUCUUUACUUCAAGAAUUUUACUUGCUUUUCAAAGCUUCCGCUUGAGCUUAGACGUAAGAUCUGGUUCCAUGCUCUACCAGAGCCACGUCUAGUAAAUUUUGUGAUGUACCCGAAAUCUGAGUUAGAGCUGCUUGUAGGGCGACAUCCAAAAGUUAUCAGUCUUGGCAUCAGGGAUUAUACUACAACUACAGACGUCACCAAAAACAAAGAAUUGAGCCACAACAUUCGUCCAUUCUUUUUGACAUGCCAUGAGCUCAAAGAUGUAUUCCUGGAACAUUACAAGAGCUUCAAUAUCCAUACCCAGAUACCUGCCGAUGGCAAACGUUUUUAUACGUCAGCUAUCCUACCCAUUUGCUCGACUGUAUGUCGCGUGAUUAUGGCAAGUCCUCCGAGUCAAUGCUAUAUCGAUCCUAAGACCGACUGUCUGAAGUUUGGCAACCUCAAAGAAUCAAUAGAGAUACUUGCUGGCAUCGGCAUGACCUUAGAUUUCUCGGAUUUGCGACAUAUUGCAAUUGGUGGGUGUUCAAAGUACAAUGAUGGGAGCCUUAAUUUGGAAUCAACCUGGAAAGCGAUUGAAGAUAACUUCCCUCAACUUUGCAAUACACUCUAG